AUGACUCCCCUCACGGCCCUGCUCUGUCUGGCGCUGAAUGUGGGUGCUGGGACCCCUGUGCAGGCAGGGACCCUGCCCAGACCCACCCUCUGGGCUGAGCCAGGCUCUGUGAUCUCCUGGGCACAGCCUACGACAUUUUGGUGUCGGGGAGCCCUGGGGGUCCAGGACUUCCGUCUGUCUAAGGAAAGCCCAUUGUUCUGGGAAACACAAAUGGCAUUGGAGCCCGGGAAUAAGGCCAAGUUCUCCAUCUCGUCCAUGUCAGAAGUUUAUGUUGGGACUUAUCGCUGUUAUUAUUAUAGCCCCUCUGGCUCAUCAGAGCUAAGCAACCCCCUAGAGCUGGUGGUCACAGGAGCCUACAGGAAACCAUCCCUCUCAGCCCUGCCAAGCCUGGCUGUGACCUCAGGGGGGACCGUGACCCUCAGGUGUGGGCUGGGAUUCGACGGGUUUAUUCUGACUCAGGAGAGAGAACCUGAGACCCACCGGACCUUCGAAUCACAGACAAGCUCCAGUGGGCAGCUCCAGGCCCUGUUCUCUGUGGGGCCCGUGACCCCCAAGCACAACUGGACAUUCAGGUGUUAUGGCUACUACAGGAAUAAUCCCUAUGUGUGGUCUCAGCCCAGUGACCCCCUGCAGCUCCUGGUCUCAGAUGCAUCUGGAAGACCCUCCCUUCUGAGCCCACAGGGACUAAUCGUGACCCAAGGACAGACCCUGACCCUCCAGUGUCGCUCUGAGGUCAUCUACGACCAGUUCGCUCUGUUCAAGGAGGGAGCCCUGGACUUCUCCAAGCGCCCUGGCCGGCAGACCCAGCCUGGGCUCUCUCAGGCCGACUUCCCACUGGGGCCUGUCAGUAGGUCUGAUGGGGGUCGGUACCGCUGCUACGGGGGACACAGCCUCUAUCCAGUGUGGUCAGGGCCCAGUGACCCCCUUGACAUCCUGGUAGCAGGACAGCACCACGACACUCCUAUCCUCAUGGUGCAGCCGGGCCCCACAGUGUCCCCAGGAGAGAACGUGACCCUGCUCUGCCUGUCAGGAGGCCUCAGGGACACUUUUCUUCUGGUCAAGGAGGGGACGGCUGACCCCCCACUGCGUGUCCACGCAGAUAACAGAGAUCACUUGACCCCAGUCAAAUUCUCCUUCCACCCCGUGACCUCAGCCCACAGUGGCACCUACAGGUGCUACAGCUCACACAGCAUCACCCCCUACCUGCUGUCACAGCCCAGUGCCCCCCUGCAGCUCCGAGUGUCAGGGCACUCUGGGAACAGUGGCCACCUGGCCCCAGGCCCCAUGUCCAGCACUGGUCUCCCGGGGCCCCUGCCCCUGAUUCUCGGGCUCUCUGCGGCCUGUGUCCUGCUCAGCCUCCUCCUCGGCCUCCUCCUGCUCCGACACCGCCGCCGGCAGCGUCAGGCUGGACACAGGAAGUCGGGAGCCGCACGCCCGAAGCCCCAGGACAGAGGCCUGGACAGCGGCUCCGGCCCCAGGGCGCAUGUCCAGAAGGAAGCCCCAGAUGUUGCUGCCACGCACACAGGGCCUGAGCAAGGGGCACAGCUGGACUUCCGGGGCAGACAAGAUGCAGACCCCCCGGUAGCAACCAAUGCCCAGGUGAAGUGCACAGGACUUGGGCGGGAAGUGCCUCUCCAUACCCCCCUUUCAGGGGCUCCACUGGACACUCAGGACGGACAGAUAGAAGAGGACAGACAAAGGGUGGGGCAGGCACAAGCACCUGAGGCCCCCCAGGAGGUGACCUAUGCACAGCUGAUCCACCUGGAUCCUGCACAGACCACAGCACCCCCUUCUUUCCAAUCAGGGGGUUCCACAGAGCCCAGUGUGUAUGCCACUCUGGCUUUCCACUAGUCCAGGAAGGACCAAAACCCACUAUCCGCAGAUUAGAGUGUAGGACCCCAGAAGCCACAGGAGCUAAAAUUCCCAUGGUUUGGACAUCAAGCAAAAGAUUUCUGAAUCAGCAUUCAUUUGUGGAAUAUAAACUAACGGAAAGGGAGACUAACACUCAAGAAUAGUAGAGAUAAGCACCAGGAGGAUUGCUCCACAGCUUGGAAGCCAGCCUCACAUGCUGGGGGAAAGGCAGUUCAGAUAGAGAAGGGACCACCAAGUAAAGGGUGCUUAGAGGGCCCGUUCAGGAUGGGAGAUGCGUGCUGAAAGCAAACUAUAGACUAAAUGAUAACCACUCAAUACCUCUAUUGCAAACCACAACACCCAA